UGCUGGCAUCAUUAUUGCGGGCUACGACAAGCGACACGCGGGCAGGUGUACUCGAUCCCACUUGGAGGAUCCUUGCACAAGCAACCGUAUGCCAUCGGCGGGUCCGGGUCGACCUACAUCUACGGGUACUGCGAUGCGCACUGGAAGGAGGGCAUGACGGAGGAGGAGGGCGUGGAGUUUGUGAAGAAUGCGCUGCGAGAAGCCAUCAAAUGGGACGGCAGCUCGGGCGGAGUGAUCCGGCUGGUGGUGUUGACGGCCAAGGGGGCGGUGCGACAUCUGUACCUGCCUGAUAAUGGAUACACGGGGCCUGGACCUGUGAGCUAG